GUGUCCCUCGGAUACAGCGGAUCACCGAUCCACGGAAAGAGCCGAAGAUGUCAGCUAGGUCAUGUGAUCAGCUGUGUCCAAAUCACAGCUGAUCGCACUGAUCAUCAGAGCACUGAUGAUCAGUGUGCCCUGAUGAUCUGUGUAGCCCCAGCAGUGCCAUCUGUCAGUGUCCAUCAGUGCCAGCUCUCAGUGCUCAUCCAUGCCACCUGCCAGUGCCCAUCAGUGCCACAUCAAUGCCCCAUAUCAGUGCCUACCAGUGCACAUCAAUGCCACAUCAGUGCCCAUCUGAGCUGCCAACCAUCAGUGCCAGUCAGUGCCACCUAUGAAUGCCAAUCAGUGCCACCUAUGAAUGCCAAUCAGUGCCACCUAUCA